AUGUCGCCCGCACAAAAUGAGGGCGAACUUGAUGCUCGUCCCACUGCUUCAUUGAGCUUGGACGAGCUCGAGUCAUACAACACAUGCAUAUUUCCUACUCUUUCCAAUGCUAGGGCCUCGGGAGACAAUGACUUGUCAUCUUUCGACACGGUCGUAGCCUGCAUGGGGGAAGUUUUGGAAUUCUGCAACACCCACGAUAUAUCCGUCACCAGUCUUCUCCAGGCAGUCUGGUCCAUUGUGUUGGGAGGAUACACAGGAUCAUCUGGGAUAACCUUUGUCAUCCAUGAUGCCGAGCAAGGCCACUCCGUCUUACUAUUUGGAGUGCAAUUGGACUGGGCAAAUUCUCUGCAAGAUACUGUCCAACAUGUCCACCAGUCGGAAAAGUCUGUCGUGCCACUUGACACAGAGCAACGACAGCGCCUCCUCCAGCCUGGACCUGUCCAUAUAACCAACACUGAGCUCCGAUUUAAUCUGAGCGGGAGCCAUAUUCCGGAUAAUGAUGCCAAAAUGGUUGAAGCUACCCUGGCUGAUGUAACACUCGGCUUCUCAGAAGACAACAGGAAUCUCAUCCUGAACCUGAGAUAUCGCUCUUCAAUACUCAACGAUGAACGCUCACUCGUUGUGGCUGAGACUUUCAAGUCUACUCUCGAUGCCAUUCGCAGCAGGGGGCAUUUACGCUUGGAUCAGCAUGACUUCCUUGGUCAAAAUGACAAGGAAAGAAUUCGUGAUUGGAAUGGAACUCUUGAGGAGUCGAGAAAGACCUCUACGCUUCAUGCACCAUUUGAGUGCAUGGCAGUUGAGAAACCUCACAAUGCCGCCAUUGAUUCUUGGGACGGGCGGUUGACAUACGCCGAGCUCGACCACUUAGCUACUCGACUCUCACAAGGACUACGGCAACUGGGAAUUGGCCCGGAGUCAAUGGUUGCACACUGUUUCCCAAAGUCCCUGUGGGCAAUCGUUUCCAUAGUGGCCACCCUCAAGGCAGGUGGUGCUUGUGUUGCACUAAGUCCCGAGCACCCACGCGACCGUAUCCAAGCCAUCCUGUCAGACACAAAUGCUCGACACAUCCUAGUCUCAGCUGAAACAAAAGCUCAACUAGAAGGACUUGGAGCUGAACUCAUCGUUGUGGAUGAGGUAUCAAUCAAGUCAAUCCAAGACACCGGAGCUGUUGAUUUGGAAUCUCAAGUAGCUGGUCCUCACAACGCAGCCUACGCAAUCUUCACAUCGGGAAGUACAGGCGCACCCAAGGGAAUUGUCGUCGGCCAUGACGCUGUAUAUUCAUCAAUAAUGCAUGCUGCACGACUUUUCGACAUGGGUCCCAACUCGAGGAUGCUGCAGUUUGCAUCAUAUACCUUCGAUAUCCAUCUCUUUGACAUCUUUGCCACGCUCGGCUGUGGUGGAUGUAUUUGUAUACCCUCAGAUCAUGAAAGGUCCAAUGAUUUGGCUGGAUUCAUUAGACGAUAUGAAGUCAAUGCGCUCGACCUCACACCCACUGUCGCAUCGCUUCUAGACCCAAAGCAAGUGCCCUCGGUGACGCGAUUAAUGGUGGGAGGAGAGGCUCUCACGCAGGGUCUGAUCGACGCAUGGACUGCAACACCUGGUUUGCGACUCUUCAACGCCUAUGGUCCAUCUGAAACCUCUCCAUUAAUGACUUGGACUGAAGUCAUCCCUGGAAAGGCCUCGCCGAGCACCAUCGGUCGUGCCUUGGGUGGGGAUCGACUGUGGGUAGCGGACCCCACGAACCCUGCACGUCUUAUGCCCUUGGGGUGCGUUGGAGAGCUUUUGAUUGAGGGCCCUACUCUUUCCAGGGGCUACUUGAACUUGCCAGCAAAGACUGCCGAGUCUUUCAUUGACGGUCUCAAAUGGCCUGAAGAUGGCCAAGAGAAAGUAUUACCUACACCAGGGCAAGUAUACAGGACUGGUGACUUGGUGAAGUACAAUGAGGAUGGAAGUCUAGACUAUGUUGGGCGGAAGGAUACGCAAGUCAAAGUCAAUGGCCAGCGUGUGGAGUUGGGCGAGAUCGAACACCAUCUCAACAGCACUCAACCUCGACUAGCAGAGUGUGUGGUCGUCUAUGCUUCAUCUGGUCCAUGCAAGGGGAAGCUUGUUGUCCUCGUUGCGCCCUCAGAUGGCAGUUCGCGCAUGACACAAUCAUCGCAGAUGUCACUUGUUGACGAGUCGCAGCGCACUUCUGCAAGGAACCUGGUUCAGGACCUCAAGAAGGAAAUUUCCUCCAAACUUCCAACCUACAUGAUCCCACGCCUCUGGGCCGUGGUGGAUUCCAUUCCACUGACAGCGUCGGGAAAGACCUAUAGGUCGGUUAUCUCGCGCUGGAUCAACGACCUAGAUUCGGCAACCUUUAGCAGCAUCACCGGCAUGAGCUAUGCUGGUGAUGCAAUUGCGGCCGCAGAGAGUGAGGAAGAAAGGCAAAUUCAACAUAUUUGGUCCCAAGUACUCGGGGUCACUGUUGGCCAAAUUGGAACAAAUCAGUCCUUCCUAAGUUUGGGUGGUGACUCAGUUGCUGCGAUCAAGGCUGUGGCAGUCGCUGGCCGAAGCCAAGUACCUCUGUUUGUCAGAGAUUUGAUGGCUGGCAAGACAAUCCGAGAGCUUGCCACGAAGAGAGGAGCGACUCAAAAGACUGUCACUCCAGCAGCAGAGGAGCUUAUUCCGGUAUUCUCUUCAGAACUCGGAAAGAAGCUCGAAGAGGCGCACCGGAUACAAUUGGCACAGAUUUCUGCCCACUCUGACGAUGCCGCGAUUCAUAUCGAGGAUGUAUAUCCAUGCUCGCCCGCACAGCAGGGUAUUCUCAUCUCUCAAGUCAAAGUUCCAGGGACUUACACCAUUCAGUACUUGUCAUCUGUCAGUAUUGAUGGAGGUCUUUCUGCUGUAAACAUUGACAGGAUACAAAGUGCAUGGCAGGCCGUGGUUGACCGACAUUCUGCUCUGCGGUCAAUUUUUGUGGAAGGAAACACUGCGGAGAGACCCAUAGAGCAGCUUGUCCUUCAGAACGUCAAAGCCACGUUCACUCACCGACAUCUCACCACUCACCAUGAGGUUGAUCAAUUACUCCGUCUUGCUGGAUCUGAGACGCCGACAUCUGGAUUUGGUCGCUUGCCACACGCAAUGACCCUAUUCACCGACGCUUCUGGAGCAUGCUACCUACGGCUAGAAAUUAGCCACGCCAUUACUGAUGGCGGCUCAAUCACCCUGAUGAUGCGUGACUUGGCUCUCGCUUACGAAUCAAAGCUAUCAACUGCGCCGGGACCUCGCUACCGAGACUUCCUCAACACCAUAUUCGGCCGAGACUUGACACCAAGCUUGAGCUACUGGAAGGAAUACCUUCGGGAUAUUGAGUCUUGCCAGUUCCCAAGUCUACUCGAUGGGCAACCGACGCCUCAGAGGCGCCUAUGCGCAGUUGACACAGACCUUUCUUCUCUCAAUGGCGCAUUGUCAACCUAUUGCAGACAGAAUGAGGUGACCCUCUUCCAUAUUUUCCAAGCUGCGUGGGCAUUGGUCCUACGCUCUUACUUGAACAAGGAUGACGUCUGCUUCGGCUACAUUACUUCAGGUCGGGAUGCUCCAGUUGAUUCCAUACAAUCUGCCAUUGGCGCAUUCAUGAGCACACUGGCCUGUCGUGUCAACUUUGAGGAGACAAAGACCCUCUCCUCCGUCUUGAACAGUAUACGCAAACACAACAACGCCAGCUUGGAUCACCAGCACCUCUCGCUUGCUGACAUGAAACGCCCUCUGAACCUCCCAGGGGACUCGUUCUUCAAUACAGUCAUCGGUUUUCAAACGGUUCUAGCAAAAGAAGACGAAGAAGGGAGUGUCGAAAUCAAUGAGGUUGCUGUUCAUGAUCCUACUGAGUACGACAUUGCUGUCAUUGUGGACACAGCCGGUAAUAUCCCAGCUGCAAAAUUGGAGUAUUGGAGCGACAUCCUUUCGCCAAGUCAGGCAAAGCACCUGUCUGAAGCUUUAGUGCACAGCAUCUCCACCGUCAUUUCACAAUCCAAUGACCCGAUUGAGGCCCUCAAUUUGGUCCCAUCUUCUCAGCUUGCUACGAUGAAGAAAUGGAGUGACGAAGCUACCGAACCGGCAAAAGAAUUUAUCGAGAACAAAUCAUGCCUGCACGCCAUCUUUCAACAACAAGUCCAAUCGCACCCCGACAAGAUAGCCAUUGUAGCCCACGAUGGUGAACUAAGCUACGGUGAGCUGGACGACAUCACCACGCGGCUGGCACACCACCUUAUCUCAUCCGGUGUCAAGCCCGAAAGUCUUGUCCCAUACUGCUUCUCGAAGUCUAUCUGGGCAGCCGUGUCUGUGUUUUCGAUUCUGAAAGCAGGAGGUGCCGGUGUGCCACUCGAUCCAACCCACCCGAAAGCUCGCCUGGAUACUAUACUUGACGACACCAGCGCUUCAAUCAUUUUGACUUCACCAACGCAUAGCAAAUUGUUCACCCACAGAGACGCGACUUUGGUCACGUUGGACGACGAGUUCAUCGGAGCUUUGCCGGCGGGUGAUGUUGCCGCUUGCAGUAAAGUCCAACCGCAUCAUCCAGCCUUUGUCAUUUUUACGUCUGGCAGCACCGGAACACCCAAGGGGGUGGUUUUGGAGCACCAUUCCAUGGCUACAAACUGCCAGGCAUAUGGAAAGGCCUUGCAAAUGGAUGCCAAUUCUCGAGUGUUGCAGUUCGCUACGUACACGUUCGAUGCCAGUAUCUUCGACAUGUGCGCAGCCCUGCUCCUUGGGGGUUGCGUAUGCAUUCCAUCCGAACACGACAGAAUGAAUGACCUGGCUGGUUUUAUUGAACGCAAUCGCUGUAACUGGAUCUUGGCUACCUCCACGGUUAUGGGCAUGAUGACGCCGGAGCAGGUUCCGAGUCUGAAAAAUCUUAUUCUUGGAGGUGAGGCACUGUCGCGCCAAGUCCUAGAUACAUGGGCUCCGUUCACGAAUGUAUUCAAUGCGUAUGGUCCUGCAGAGGCUGCCAUCAUGUCUGCUUGCUCGAGAAAAAUGGACGCCAACUCUCAGGCUUCAUGCAUUGGAAACGGUGCCACAGGCGCUGUUUGGCUUACCAAUCCUACAAAUCAUGAUCAGCUUGUUCCGAUCGGCAGUAUUGGAGAGAUCACAGUUCAGGGUCCAGGAGUUUCGCGAGGAUAUCUCAACUCGCCAGUCAAGACAUCUGAGGCAUUCUUCGACUCUCCAAGAUGGCUGACCGGGUCGAAUGCGACAUAUACGCGAGUAUAUCGGACAGGUGAUCUUGGUCGCUUCAACUCCGAUGGAACUAUUGAAUGUCUCGGACGCAAAGACAACCAGGUCAAGCUCAGAGGUCAACGUUUGGAGCUUGGGGAAAUUGAGUACCAUAUUUCCCGCCACGAUCAAAUUAGGCAAGGCAUAGUCCUCAAGGGUUCUCGUGGGCCAUGCAAAGAACGUCUUGUUGGUUUGAUCUCUCUCCAUUCAGGCCCCGCCAGUGGAAAUGAAACGAUAGACCUGAUUCCACAAGACAUGAAACUCAGAGCUAUUCGAAUCAUUGCCGAGCUCCGUCAGACCUUGAGCGCAGGAUUACCUACAUACAUGACACCAACUGUAUGGGUAGUGCUCAAGGGACUGCCAAUGACCACCUCGGGUAAGGUCUAUGUCAAGGUACUUCAGCAAUGGGUCAAUGAAAUGAGUCAAGAGACCUUUGUCGAGGUGUCGCAGUUUUCCUUGUCGCCCGAGGAUGCCAAUGAGUCUCGUGGUCAUGCCGAGAAACAGAUGUCUGAAGUCGAGCAACAGCUUCAGAAGAUUUGGUCGAAAGUGUUAAACCUGCCUUUGCAAAAUAUCAAGAGGUCGAGCACCUUCCUGGGCUUGGGUGGUGAUUCCGUCACGGCAAUGCGCGUCAUGUCACUGUGCAGAAGCGAAAAGCUCGUCGUGACAGUGCAGGAUGUGCUGCAAAAUCAAUCGCUCGCUAGUCUGGCUCGGUGUGUCAAGUCCACAAACUUGGUUGGCGAGAAAGAGCAGAUGAAUGAAAUCUACGACAGACCAGUCCCGGUCACCUCAAUCCAAAGUUUCUUCUUCCGAACCCUACCAGAAGCUCCAAGCCACUAUAAUCAGAGUUUCAUGUUGCAGUUGAAGCACUCUAUCACCGAAGAAAGACUCCAUGUCGCGCUCGACUCAAUUGUGGAGAGGUAUCCCCUUCUUCGGGCUCGUUUUCAAAAGUCUGACGAGAGUGGGCUUUGGACACAAACAAUAGGGCAGUGUGAGAAGGAAAAGAUAUCCGAGACCUACCACUUUCAGCAUGCGCAAGUCGAAGGACAAGAAACCAUCGCAGGGAUUGCAAAUGUCGCUCAAACUCAAUUGGACCUGACUCAAGGACUGGUCUUUUCGGCGACGCUCUUCUCUCAACCUGGCAGCCAGUUCUUAUACCUCGUUGCUCAUCAUCUUGUGAUUGAUCUGGUGUCGUGGCGGAUCAUUUUACAGGAUCUUGAGGAGCUCUUGUUCUCAUCUACACCAAGCAUAGACGUUGGUUUGCCCUAUCUCCAGGUCGCUACAAUCCGCCAGCAGCAACUCGAUUCUCGCGCAUAUCCCAAGACCGAAGAUGUGAAGAGUCAUGCAGACUUGAGCUACUGGCGUCUGCCAAGUGCUGAGAACACGCAAUCCAACACCCGCCAUGUCACCUUCACGUUGGAUGAGAACGCUUCGGCAAACAUUCUUGGUUCCUGCAACACUAUGCUUCGAACUGAGCCAACCGAUCUAUUCCUGGCGGCUAUCGUCAACUCGUUCACGGCUGUCUUUGAUGAUCGGAAAGCUCCUGCGAUCUUUGUUGAAGGUCACGGUAGAGAUCACGAUCUAAUCAAACAGCUUGACGUGUCAGGCACAGUUGGGUGGUUUACCACUAUUUCUCCCUUCCUCCUUGAUAUCCCAGCAAAGGGUUCAUCAGAUCUUGUUCAGACUUUGCGAGCCACAAGGGACACGCUGCGUCGAGACCGGACUUCUGGCCAAUACUUUUUGGAUCAGUUAAUGCUAGCCAGAUGUGAUAAUGAUCUGACUUUGGAAAUCAUGUUCAACUACGAAGGCCACUAUCAGCAGCUUGAGAAUGAGCAAGGCUUGUUCCGCAUGCUGCCAAUUCCAGCUCCGGAUUUUGGCGACACGAUCAGAAGAUCAUCACUCUUCGAUAUUGCUGUCAUUGUGAAGAACGGCAAACUUGAGUUUGACUUUCUCUUCAAUUCAAGGUCGGCUCACCAAGAUCGUAUCGACGCCUGGAUCCUCCGUACAGAACAGACCCUCCAGAAGAUGGCAGACGAACUCCCACACAUGUCGAGAUAUUAUGGUCUGACCGAUUUCCCACUCCUGCCCCUCGACUAUAAGAGUCUCAACAACUUUGUUGGAGAUCUAGAAAUGAUUGCAUCUUCCCUUUGCCCACCACACCAGCCCGUUGUGAUCCAGGAAGCUUACCCUUGCACCGGAACUCAGGAGGGCCUCCUACUUGCGCAGGGCAAGGACGCAAGCAAUUAUGCUGUGCACGAAAUCGCAGAGGUCAUCCCUUGCACAAACGACCCGAUUGAUGCACAUAAGCUUCGCAGCGCCUGGGCUCAAGUUGUCGAACGCCACCCCAUCUUGAGAACAAUAUUUGUGGAUCACCCCACCAACACUGGUUAUCAUUGCCAGGUUGUACUCGAGCAUGUCGUACCUGGAAUUGAUUUGCUGGCAUCGCAAUCGGUCGAAAUGGCCUUGGAGGCCUGGCAGAUGACCUCAACCAGCAACUAUACCAUGGUGAAGCCGCCUCACCAUAUGAGCAUCUGCAACAUUGCCGACGGACGUGUUCUCUUCAAGUUCGAGUUCAGUCACAGUAUACUUGAUGCUUCAUCUGUCCAGAUACUCCUCAAGGACUUCGCCUUGGCAUAUGCAGGCCAACUAGACAGCGAGGUGACCAUACCUCGUUUCAGCAAAGUGAUGGAACACGUCUGUCGACGCGACGAGUCUGCGGAUCUGAAGUUCUGGGCGUCUCAGCUCGCUGGGGCAGAGUCGUGCUGCCUACCUGAUCUAUCAGGUGCUCCAGAGAACAACCGCGUCCAAAUGCAACGCCUAGAUCUGAACAUCUCAGCCGAUGAUCUCCAAUCAUUUUGCAAGAUGCACCAUGUCACGCCGUUCGCCAUUUUGCAAGCUGCAUGGGCCACAGUCUUGAAAUCUUACACAUUUAUGGAUCAAGUCUCCUUCGGAUACCUCGCCUCUGGCAGAGAUGUUCCUAUCGAUGGCAUUGAGAGCAUAGCUGGAGCACUGGUCAACAUGCUCGUUUCGCACGCCAAAUUCUCACCGGAUGUGACGGCCUUGGAGGUCGUAGCAUCCAUACAAAAAGGGCUUACCGAUAGUCUGGCACAUCAGUACUGUCCAUUGGGCGAGAUUCAGCAUGCACUUGAGCUUGGUGGACAGCCACUCUUCAAUACAGUCAUCGACUUUCAACGGCCUGGUGAGAGCGACGACUCAUCAGCUGCAUUCUCAGUCCAGAACCUCGCCUUCCAUGACCCUACGGAAUUCAGCUUGACAGUCCACUUUGAACUCACAAAGGACACUUUAUCCGGAUACGUGGCUCACUGGAGCUCUACUGUGGCUCCCGAGUACGCACUACACAUUGGGGAAGCAUUGACAUUGGCUUUACAGAGUAUCCUCAGCAACCCUCAACAAAAGAUCAGCGAUAUUGAUCUUGUUGGUCAAUUCACUCUAGGAAGAUUCAUCGAAAUCAACACGCCGGCACCAAUUGCCAGGGAGGAGUGUCUACAUGAGAUCUUCCGUCAACAUGCUCAAGCGACACCAUUGUCUCCUGCAGUGUUUUCGACACAAAUGUGUCUGACAUUCGCAGAGCUGGAUCGCCUCUCGAAUCGCUUGGGCAACUACCUCGCAGACAUGGGUGUGGGCCCAGAAGUCAAGGUCCCCAUGUGUUUCGAGAAAUCUGCUUGGGCGAUAGUAUCAAUGUUUGCAGUCUGGAAGGCGGGAGGCUGCAUCGUCGCUAUUGACCCGACACACCCAGAGUCUCGUAUUCGCGGCAUCCUCGAAGAUAUAUCAGCUACUCUGAUCCUUAUGUCAUCUCAGACCUUGGAAAAAUGCCGUGAAAGCCUUGGUGACGAGGUUCGACCGAUCAUUGUAGACAUAGACAGUCUCGACUCAAUGCCCGACGAACAGGCAAGGACCACGAAUGUGAAACCUCACAAUGCUGCAUACAUCAACUUUACGUCUGGAACUACGGGCAAGCCCAAGGGCGUCGUCAUUGAGCAUCAAGCAAUAGUCAGCAACGUUGAGCCUUUGGCAAAGACUUCUGACAUCACCCCUGCAACCCGUGCCUUGCAGUUCUCCUCCUACGCUUGGGACGCAUUCUACUGCGAAACUAUCAUGCCGCUACUAUCAGGUGGAUGUACUUGUGUUGCCAAUGACGAUGAGCGUUCUCACGACAUUGCGGAGUUCAUGAGACGCUCAGGCUGUAACUGGUCUUUGUUCACUCCUUCCUUUGCAAGACUUCUGACGCCCUCCGAUGUUCCAAACUUGAAGACUCUGCUCCUUGGUGGUGAAGCCAUGUCGGCGGAUGACAAGGUCACAUGGACCAAAUCUGUUACACUCAAGAAUGCAUACGGGCCCUGCGAGGCUUCAAUCGUCGCUCUCAUGCACCCAGACAUUGCUUCUGCAAGCAGUGAACAUAACCUGAGCCAGCGUCUUGGGCAAACAAUCUGGGUGGCUGAUCCCAAGAAUCCCAACCGACUCGCACCGCUGGGGGCUCCUGGAGAGUUGGUCCUGGGUGGGCCUCCCGUCGGCAGAGGCUACAUCAAUGAGCCAGUCAAGACAGCUGAAGCAUUCAUUACAAGCCCUACAUGGUACACUGUGAAUCCUCAGCUUGAAGCCAUGGGUUUCACUGAGAAGUUCUAUCGCACGGGUGAUCUUGUGCGACUAAACAUUGACGGCACGAUUGGUUUCAUUGGCCGAAAGGACGAGGACCAAGUCAAGCUUCGUGGACAACGUAUGGAACUCGGAGAAGUCGAGCAAUGCAUCAUGACCAAUAUGCCAUCGGCAAAGCAGGUCGCCGCUGCAGUCAUUUCCCGUUCUGGGCAAGCCGAGCACAAGCAACUGAUUGCAUUUGUUACCUUCUCUGGCAGUCACGAUGCCUCUGGGCAAUUGUCAAGCAAGCCUCAAGCAUUGAAAGUGUCGGAUGAGUUGUUUAAGGAGUUGAAGACCCUCGCAAGCACCAUGGCCAAAUUGCUUCCUUCAUUCAUGAUCCCCUCAAUGUUUGUGCCAGUUACACGCAUUCCGCUCGGGUCUACCACCAAGAUUGACCGCAAGGCACUCGCUGAGAUUGCCUGUCAAAUCCCGUUUGCCGAUGUUGCUCGCUACUCGCUCACAGCUUUGGCAGAAGUCCGCCAGCCUAGCACACCACUUGAGACUGCACUGCACGGGCUGUACUCGGACAUUUUGGGGAUCCCCACUGCAUCUCUUUCUGUCACGGACGGAUUCUUCCAGCGUGGAGGCGACUCAAUCAAGGCCAUCAAACUUGUGUCUGCAGCUCGCCAAGCCAACUUGACCUUUACCGUGGUAGACAUCUUCAACAACCCUUCUGUUUCGGAAUUGGCUGGUGUGGCCAGAUUUAUUGAUGCAAAUGCAACUAGUGGUUCUAUCAAAGAUGAUGCCGAGAUUUUGGCGGCUGAGAAGACCAAGGCCGAGAUUACCAAGCUUGCGACCGAGGAGUACAAGAUGAAAUCGAAACAGAUACAGGAUGUAUAUCCUUGUACUGAGCUCCAAGAUACCAUGUUGGCAAUUUCUUCGGACAACCCGGGCUCCUACACGAUGCAGCUCGUGACUGCCAUCUCAGAAGAUGCUGAUCUCGAGGGAUAUCUUGAUGCUUGGAAGGCUGUUCGUCGGAACAACGACAUCCUUCGAACACGUAUCGUCAAUGCCCGUGAUCACCGCUACCAAGUCGUCUACAAUGACCGAAUGGCCAUCAAGAAUGCAGACUCACUCCAAGAGUACCUGAAAGACGACAGGAAGAAGCUCAUGGGAUACGGAGAUGCCCUUGCGCGUUUUGCAUUGAUCACAGAGGAGGAUGAUCAACAAUACUUUGUCUGCACAUUGCAUCAUGCUAUUUAUGACGGCUGGUCAAUGUCCUUGAUCAUGGACCAGAUCUCACAAGCUUGCCAAUGGAAGCCUCUCUCCAAGCCUCCGCCAUUCGCAGAUUAUGUUCGGUACAUUCAGAGUCAAGACCGCAACGCGGCCGAGGCCUUCUGGUUGUUCGAGCUUUCUGGUGCUUCAACCUGUGAUUUCCCACGACUGCCAAGCUCCUCAUACCAGUCAUCAGCCACUCAGACUACAGAGCGAAUCAUGUCUCUUGACCAGCAGACGAGCACCGGGCCCAUUGCAGCAGUCGCGAAAACAGCAUGGGCUCUUCUACUCGGACUAUACUCUGGAUCAGACGACGUUGUCUUUGCGACUACCAAUGCAGGUAGAAGUUUGCCCCUGGAUGACAUCGCUGAUAUGGUUGGCCCCACUAUCACAACCGUCCCAGUACGCGUACGUCUGGAUCGCACGCGCAAAGUUUGCGAUCUCGUUGGUGAUGUCCAUGAACGAGCGCUUUCUGCUAUGCCAUAUGAGUACCUCGGCUUGCAGAAUAUUAGACACGUUAGUAGCGAUUGCGAGGCUGCAUGCGACUUGCGAAGCUUGUUCGUUGUCCAGCCCGGCGAUCUAGAUAACGUUGGCUUUACUGGAGUUCCCGGCGUCUCCAUUGUCCCUACAGAGGCAUCAGGCUUUUUCACACAGCCUCUCGUCGUCGAAUGCUACCUCGGACAGACGAAGCUCAAACUUUCCGCCAGUUUCGAUGAGAAUGUUCUUCGCACCCAGGAGGUUGACAGAAUGCUUGCACAGCUGGAGCAUCUGAUACAAGAACUCAAUUCUCGUGGCAACGAAGCUUUGCAUGAAAUCAAUCUACUGUCCAACGAUGACAAGCGCGACAUCUCUGAGUGGAACGCAGACAUGCCUGCCAAGCUCAAUGAGCGUGUCCAAGAUGUCAUUGCGGUUCGAGCCAAGGAGUUCGCAUCCUCCAUCGCAGUAUCCUCCUGGGAUGGGCAAAUGACCUAUGCAGAACUGGAUGCUUAUUCGUCUCGUCUUGCAUCAUACCUCUGUGAAGAGAUGCACGUUACCCCUGGCGACUUGGUUCCGCUGUCAUUUGAGAAGUCCACAUGGGCCAUCGUCGCCAUGCUUGCAAUCAUCAAGGCUGGCGGUGCCUUUGUAUUCCUUGAUAUCAAGAUGCCAUUCAUGCGACAACAAUUCAUCAUCAAUGCCUCGAAGUCAAACUUCAUCCUGAGCUCCGUCAAGAACAAUUAUAUGUGGAGCAACAGUCAGUGGCAUGUAAUUGAGGUCAGCAAGGCUGCUCUUGAAAGCUUGCCCGAGUCCCCAAUGCCCGCAGUCAACAACCAGCCAGACAGUCUUCUGUAUGCCAUCUAUACUUCUGGUAGUACUGGUGUACCCAAGGGUUGUUUGAUCGAGCAUUCAGCCUUCCUGAGCAGUACCGCAAGCUACACAAAGAACUUGCUCCUGGAUCCCAGCAGUCGCGUACUUCAAUUCUCCUCCUUUGCAUUCGAUGUGAGUAUCAUGGAGAGUCUCGGUGUCCUUACUGUUGGUGGCUGUGUAUGCAUCGCGAGCGAAGAGGCGUUUGAAUCGGGCAUUGCAACCAUGAUUCAAGAAACUCAAUCAAAUUGGGCAUCUUUGACGCCUUCUGUUGCCAGAUUGAUGGACCCAUCGGGUGUACCCAGUCUCAAGACACUCGCCCUCGUUGGUGAGCCACUGAGCUCCGAGGACCUGAAAACCUGGGCCGGAAGCCUCCGACUUCAGAACGGUUAUGGUCCUACCGAGUGCUCAAUCCUGUGUGUCAUCAAUCCAGAUUUGAGGGCAGAGACAGAUGCCGGAAACACCGGAUAUGGAAGUGGUGGUUUGACAUGGGUCGUUGAUCCCAAUGAUCCCAACAUUCUCAUGCCAGUCGGCUGCCCGGGUGAACUGUUGAUGGAGGGACCAAUUCUAGCCCGUGGGUAUCUCAACCAGCCCGAGACUACCGCUUCAGUGUUUGUGGAGGGCUUGAAAUGGUCUCCCAAGGGUCGUUUCUAUAAGACUGGCGACUUGGUUCGAUACAACUCUGACGGUUCGAUCCACUGUCUGGGCCGCAAAGACAACCAGGUCAAGGUCCGCGGCCAGAGACUGGAGCCUGGAGAGAUUGAGGAGAAGAUUGAUGGUUUGAGCUUUGUCAACAAUUCUUGCGUUGUUCUAACCAAGACUGGUCCAUAUGCGAACAAGCUCGCUGGCGUGGUAGUGCUGCAGGAGUUUGCCGUCGCCUCCGCUCCCCCACUUCAACUCAUUGACCGACACCAAAAACAGAGCGCUGCCGCCAGGGUGGCCGAGAUGCGAGAUGCGCUUUCAGAGGUUCUGCCUGUUUAUAUGGUCCCCGAGGUCUGGAUCAUGGUGACAGCCACUCCACUAUCCAUCUCAGGCAAGACGGAUCGUAAAUCCAUUCGCCAGUGGGUCGAGAAAAUCAAUGGCGACUUGCAGCAAGAGAUUGACAGCCUGAUUGCUCCCAAUACCAAAGAAUCACCCCAGACUGAUGAAGAGAAGAAGCUCCAUACUAUCAUUUGCGAUGUGCUCAACAUUGCGCCAAGUGACGCAGGAGUCAAUCAGUCUUUCAUGAGUCUGGGUGGUGACUCCAUCAGCGCCAUGCGCCUUGUUGCCAAGUGCCGAGCUGCUGGUUUCACAAUCAACCUCAAAAAGAUCCUGAGCCGGGCAAGUAUAUCACAAUUGGCUGGACUUACAAGCAAAUCAGCAAAGCAAGCACCCGCCCGCCAAGUUGCAGUCUCGGAUCAAGAGAAGCCAUUUGCUUUGACACCUAUUCAGCAGUACUAUGUCGACACUCAAACGCAGCUCUCAGGAGAACACACUGGUAUGGAGUUUACUGGUCAAUACAGAUUCCAUCAAAGCUUUUUGCUGCGUCUAGCACGCUACAUCGACCAAGAGGCGGUCACCGCGGCCGUGCGACAACUCACACAACGUCAUCCCAUGUUGAGGGCUGCUUUCUCCAAGAACUCUCAAGAAACAUGGGAACAACACGUCCUCGGUGAUGUCACAGCGCUCGAUGUUAUCCGUAUAGAUGAUGCCAACACCACUGAGCAAGCAAUAUCGGCCAUCAACCUUGCCAACAAUCUCAACACUAAGAACGGGCCGGUAUUCAGAGCAGUCUUUUUCCCAAACAAGAUUGAUGGCGGUGACCAGAUGCUUUUCAUGACUGCUCACCACUUGGUCAUUGAUCUUGUUUCAUGGCGCAUCAUUCUAGAUGAGUUGGAGCAGAUCCUUACCGGUACUCAGCUUCCACCACCAUCUGGUAUCAGCUUCCAUGCUUGGGCUUCUCUUCAAGCUUCAUACGCCGAGUCCAAUUUGACCCCAUCCAAGGCACUUCCCACAGAACUUGCCGCCAACAACUCAGCCUAUUGGGGCAUUACCAACCCGAGCAACAACACUUAUGGCAUGACUAUCACCCGAUCGCUUUCGCUCAGCAAGAUUCUCACUUCGGCGCUUACGGGUGAGUGCCAUGAUGUACUGCGAACCGAUGUGGUCGAUGUUCUAUUAGCGUCACUCGCCCAUGCAUUCAGUGCUGUCUUCCCUGAUCGUGCAGUGCCAACCGUCUUUGUUGAAGGUCACGGUCGCGAGCCUUGGGAUGAGAGUAUUGACAUUGGCUCCACAGUGGGCUGGUUCACCGCUGUCAGUCCAGUUUCUGUGUCUGUCACCGCUGAACAGGAACUUUUGAAUGUUUUGCGCCAGACAAAGGACGUUCGACGGUUGAUCCCCAGCAAUGGAUGGGCUUACUUUGCAUCAAGGUAUCUCAACCCUGAGGGCCGCAAGGCAUUCCAUGAUGACUCAAUAGCCGAGAUAUUGUUCAACUUUGCUGGUCAGUUCCAACAAUUUGAGAAUUCAGAUGGUCUUUUCAAGGACUCUGAACUUGAGCUUGUCGGUGAGGCAUCUGAAGUUGGCCCAGACACCACUCGUCUUGCCUUGAUAGAAGUGUCUUCUGUCAUCAAGAACGGUGAGCUGCAGAUGUCCUUCAUUUUGAACAAGCACAUGCAGCACAUUGACCGCUUGCAAAAAUGGAUUGACGCAAUCCCGGAUACUCUGCAGUCGAUGCUUGAGAUGCUCAACGACAACAAAGCAACAGAAAUACCGACCCUGAGCGACUUUCCACUGCUGCGCACUACUCACGACAACUUGGAUGCCCUUCUUCAGGACGCCUGCGCAAAGGUUGGAACUGAAGACUGGACAGAAGUUGAAGACAUAUUCCCAUGUACACCAAUGCAGACAGCCAUGCUUCUCAGCAGUUCCAUGGACCCCGAACACUACCGUACCUGUGCAAUUUUCCAGGUGGGUGGCCCGUCGCAAAUCACAGCUGAGCAUCUGCAGAGUGCAUGGCUGGGGGUGGUAAAGCAUCACCCAUCGCUCCGCACUAUUUUCGUGGCUGCACAGUCGCAAGAUGCUGCCUUUGACCAGAUCGUCUUUAGAAAUCUUGCCCCUCAGGUCCAUAUCAUCAGAAGCUCCGACUCAGAGGCGCUGGACCAUCUCAAGGCGCAAGCACCAGCCAACUGGUCAGAUGCAUCUCCGCAUACCCUUACCAUCUGUGAGACCACCAGCGGUAUACUUUGCAGAUUGGAAAUCAGCCACGCGCUUAUGGAUGGUGCAUCCAUGGAUCUAUUGUUCAGCGAUCUGGUAUCGGCCAUCGAUGGCAGACUUUCUGGAGAGCCAAGCCCAGGUUACAGCAACUAUGUGAAUUAUCUUCAAGAGCGGAGCACCAACGAUGCUCUGGCCUACUGGAUGCGAUACCUCGGUGGCGCAGACCCAUGCAAAGUGCCUGCUAUCAAAUCGAUCGACGACGAUACAGAUGUCGCCGAAUCCUCUGUAACAAUUCCUGUGUCUGAUGAACUAGGCCAACGUCUCACUUCCUUCUCAACGAAGCACGAGGUCACCGCAGCAUCUGUCAUCCAAGCUGCAUGGGCCAUGGUCCUGCGCUGUUACACUCAAUCUACCGACAUUUCCUUUGGAUAUGCCGUCGCAGGUAGAGAUAUACCAGUUGAUGGCAUUGACAGAAUUGUGGGUCCUUUCAUCAAUGUCUUGCCGUGCAGACUCGACAUGAGCAGCGACUCUCUAAGCACGCUGGACCUGGCAUCUCGCGUGCAGCAAGACUUUUUCGACAGUUCGAGCUUCCAACACACUUCAUUAGCUGAGAUACAGCACGAGCUCAAAUUCGGCAAUCGUGCUCUAUUUGAUACUGUUGUUUCGAUUCAACGUUACGACAAUUCCUCAAUGAACUCGUCUUCCGGUAUUCACAUGGAUCUCUUGGAUAGCCAUGAUCCAAAUGAGUUCUCUGUCACAUUGAACGCAGCAUACUCCCCAGGAAGGCUAGGCCUCGUGCUCCGACACUCACCGCGGAACGGAGUCACUACCGCUCGCGCAGAAAGUAUUGCACAUACUUAUGCACAGGCGCUUUCAGCUAUUCUAGAAAGUCCAGAACAAACGGUGCAUGAUGUAGACCUCUUCAGCUCUCAUGACCGGAACAUUGUGGAUCAGUGGAACAAGCACAGUCCUGCACUCAUUCACGAGCGCGUACAUGAGACUAUCCAGGCUCGCGCAACAGCUAGUCCUGAGUCACCCGCCGUGGACGCCUGGGACGGGCAGCUUUCGUAUGCCCAGCUUGACAAGUACGCCACCCGCCUUGCUCAUGAGCUCGUUCGGCAAGGCGCUGGCCCUGAGGUAAAGGUACCAUUCUGCCUUUCAAAGUCUGCCUGGUCAAUCGUAUCCAUUCUGGCGAUCAUGAAGUCUGGAGCUGCAUUCCUCCCGUUGAACAGAAAUGACCCCGAGGAGCGUAUUCGUUCGCUCAUCGAAGACGCGGGAGCGUCAUUCGUGCUGGCAUCUUCUGAUCAAGCCGACAAACUUCAAGCACUUGUCAACACUGUAAUUGUCAUUUCCAAGGCCUCGGUUCAGGAACUACCUGCUAUCGACGAGCCCGUGGCACUUGGUAGCAACACAGACGCAGCUUAUGUGCUCUUCACCUCGGGCAGUACAGGUAAACCCAAAGGCGUUGUCAUUGAGCACCGCAACCUCUCAAGCAAUAUUGCCGAGCAUGCACCCGGACUUGGCUUUAACUCGCAAUCGCGCGUCCUUCAAUUCGCAUCCCAUACUUUUGAUGCCUCCAUCACCGAGAUUCUCGGCACUCUGUGGAGCGGUGGUUGCGUAUGCGUUCCAUCGGAAGAAGACAGGACAACUGAUGUUGAGAGCGCUAUGAGACGUAUGAGCGUGACGUUUGCCAUGCUCACGCCAUCUGUGGUGCAACUCCUAUCGCCCGAUAACCUUCCUUGUCUUCAAACACUUGCUCUCGUAGGAGAAGCAGUGCCAAAGAGUCUCAUCAACAAGUGGACAGAGAAACUCACAUUGCUGGUCGGAUAUGGCCCUACAGAGACAGCCGUCUUUGCUUCCAUCGGUCACUUGACCCCCCGGGAGGACAGUGGGUUCAUUGGAACAGCGGCCGGUGCAGUGACUUGGAUUGUCAACCCAGAUAAUCACAACUUGCUGACACCGAUCGGUUCUGUGGGAGAGUUGGUCCUCAGUGGUCCUACUCUGGCCCGCGAAUAUCUGAACAACCCAGCCAAGACAGCCGAGGUGUUUGUGCCAACUCCUCGCUGGGCUUCCGCUCAGUCCAUUCACAGAGUCUACAAGACGGGCGAUCUCGUCUACUACCGCGACGAUGGUGGUAUCAUGUACAUCGGACGCAAGGAUAGCCAAGUCAAGAUACACGGACAGCGUGUUGAGCUUGGCGAGAUUGAACAGCAGGUCCUCGCUUGCCUGCCCGCACAAUCAGAGGCUGUUGUGGGCGUGCUUCGCGGAAAUGAAGCGCUAUCCAAACUUCGAUUAGUUGCCUUUGUUCGCAUCCCUGGCUUUGACCAGGUGUCCACCGUCGCUGCCUCCAUCGUCCCAAUGUCCUCGGAGUUGAGUGCUACGCUGGCAAAGCUUCAAACAGAACUGUCAACCAGGAUCUCUGCUUAUAUGGUUCCAUCUCUUUAUGUGCCGCUGGCUGUUUUGCCCAAGUCAGCUGCAGGCAAGGCCGACAGAAAUGCCAUGUUGAAGAUCGCACAAGGCCUGACUCUGGACCAGUUAGAUGCGUAUUCCUUGAAGAAUGCAGCCAAGCGCCCUGUGACAACCGCCAUGGAGCAAAUUAUCCAGUGUGUCUGGGCUUCGGUCCUUGCUGUCUCGAGCGACUCCAUAGGUGCAGAUGAUCACUUUUUCAGGCUUGGAGGUGACUCGCUCUCUGCGAUGAAGAUUGCGUCACAGUUGCGAUCACAAAAUGUCACUGUCUCUGUUCCUGACAUUUUCAAACACCCCCAGCUUUCAGAGUUGGCGGAACUGAUCGAUACCAAUGGUGAGGCCAUCGGUGCUUCACAAAUAACAGAUCUUGCAGCAUUUGCACUUCUUGGAGACAAGGAUGCAGUGGUUGCCAGGGCCCGUGUAUUGGCAGAGGACCAAGCAUUGCCCGUAGAGGACGCAUACCCAGCCACGCCGCUGCAGCAAGCUCUGUUUGCCCUCACACAAAACGAUCCAAAGGCAUACAUCAACCGAAUGGUAUUCAAGAUCCCUCAGUCUCUUGAUCUUGUCACUUUCAAGUCAGCUUGGGGCUCAGUCUACAAUGACAAUCCGAUCCUGCGUACUGCUAUCAUCAACACAGAAACCGAUGGAACGUGUCAAGUAGUAUUCGGUACGGACAUCAAUUGGCGAGAGGCUAGCGGAUCUCUCGAGCAAUACCUGAAGACUGAUUCCGACGCUGCUAUCCGCGAGGGUAGCCUUCUCACCCGUUAUGGUCUCGCGAUUGACGGAUCAAACCGCUACUUCGUCUGGACUGCUCAUCAUGCUGUCUACGAUGGCUGGUCUACAGACCUCAUCUUCGACAUGGUCCACCGGGCAUACCAGGGCAAGACGUCCGAGCCGCUUGCACCAUACACAAGAUUCAUCCAGUAUCUGGGCAACCUUGACACGACCCAAGCAGAUCAGUACUGGCAGGGCCAGCUUGCAACUUAUUCUGGGGAAGCUUUCCCAUCGACUCCUGCGACACACAAGGUCAUCAGCGACGGGACAAUUGAGCAAGUCCUUCAGCUUCCCUCAAAGGAUCGAAAAUCGGAAAUCACUACAGCUUCCUUGCUUCGUGCAGCUUGGGCUUUGGUGGUUUCAAAGCAGACUUCCAGCAACGAUGUUGUUUUCGGCAUGACCCAGAGUGGACGCAAUGCACCUGUGGUUGGCAUCGAAAAGAUCCAGGGCCCAACUAUUGCGACAGUCCCAGUGCGCGUACAGCUUGACAGCUCCAAGUCCACCGCUCAGUACUUGCAAGACAUCCACCUUCAAGCUGCCGAGAUGAUUCCGCACGAGCAAACAGGUCUCCACAAUAUCAAGUCUCUCGGUGUGGGCGCCAAGUCUGCUUGUGACUUCCGCAACUUGUUGGUCAUCCAGUCUCAUCGUCAUCUAGAAGGCGAUGACCCCAGUUGGAUCACGCCGAUGGAGAGCGACCUGAGUGGCUUCGAUACCAUGCCGAUCACGGUCGAAUGCUCCAUCGAGAGUGCAAGCAAAAUUGAGUUGGCCGCACACUUUGACUCUCGCUUGCUCUCCAACCUUCAGGUGCAGCGGAUCUUGAGCCAGUUUAGUCAUGUUAUACGUCAAUUGUCUGAAGCAAAUGCCGAACACAGAAUCUCGGAUUUGGACUUCUUCACCCCAGAGGAUCAAGAGCUUGUCGAAAAGUGGAAUGGUUCACUGCCUCUCACAUAUAGAGACUGUCUGCAAGACCGUUUUGAAAAGUUUGCGCUGGAAACUCCAGAGAAAGAGGCGAUCUGUUCUUGGGAUGGAUCGUUCACAUAUCGCGAGCUUGACAUCCUCGCGACUCGUCUGGCACAAAUGUUGGUAGCAUCUGGUGUCAAGGCUGGGGAGUAUGUUCCAUUCUGUUUUGAAAAGUCGGCUUGGGCGGUUGUGUCCAUGCUUGCCACUCUCAAAGCUGGAGCCGCCUUCGUGCCUCUGGAUCCUGGACAUCCGAUGAGUCGCCUGAAUGACAUUAUCUCGCAAACGGCAGCCAAAGUGAUGUUGGCUUCUUCGACUGCUCCCUCACUUGACAUUCAGAAAACAAUCACCGUGUCAUCUGAUGCCAUCACAUCAUUUAGUUCUGACACGAGCUACUCGCUGCCAUCAAAGGACCCAUCCUCCAUUGCCUACAUUAUCUUCACUUCUGGCAGCACUGGCCGUCCCAAGGGUGUCAUGUUAUCGCACCAAGCCAUUUGCUCAAGUGCCCCAAUGUUGGAUCUCCCCAACAUCGGUUUGCAUCAAAACUCAAGAGUUUACCAAUUCCCUUCAUAUGUCUUUGAUGCAGCAGUGUUCAACAUUUUUGGCUCAUUGUCAGCCGGGGCUACCUUGUGUAUACCCUCCGACACUGACAGACUUGGCGUCAACUUGGCCAAGUCCAUGCGCGAUAUGCAGGUUACAUGGUCUGCCAUGACCGCUGGUGUUAUCCGCCUCUUCCAGCCAGAAGAUGUCCCAACCCUCAAGACCAUGAAGCUCGGUGGUGAUGCUGUCUACCAAGAAGAUGUCGACCGUUGGGCAUCCAAGGUCGACAUGAUUCAGGGUUACGGACCGGCAGAAGCAAGCGUUUUCGUGACGUGGAACCGCAUGAGCUCCAACGAUGCUCCGAACAACGUUGGACCCGCAGCAAGGGCACGUCUUUGGAUUGUCGACCCAGAGAACCACGAUCAACUCACGCCCGUCGGUCUUGUUGGCGAGAUGCUAAUCGAGGGUCCCGGUCUUGCAUCCGGCUAUCUCAACGAUGAGAUCAAGACAGCUAGCGCAUUCAUUACUGACCCCGCUUGGUGCCGAGGACAGCAGCGUCGAUUCUACAAAACAGGCGACCUUGUUCGCUAUACUGACGAUGGCUCGUUCCUGUUCGUGGGACGAAAAGAUGGUCAAGUCAAGCUCAAUGGUCAAAGAGUCGAGCUUGCGGAGAUCGAGAAUCACAUCUUCUCUUCAUUGCCGUCAUGUCAGCUGGCAGUUGUCUUGCCCAAGUCUGGACCCUUGAAGAAUUCACUGACUGCCAUCAUUUCAGAUGCAAGCAAUGGAUCAUCAUCCAAUGAUCUCGCCUUUGUGAGCGAGGGAACCUUCAAGGACGCUUUGGUUGCCAAGGUCACAGAGGUUGCGGACGCUUUGCCAGAGCGCAUGCCAAGAUACAUGGUGCCUCGCACUUGGCUGGCUGUUAGAAAACUUCCUUUCAACUCUUCUGGAAAGAUUGACAAGAAAAAGAUGCAACAGUGGCUUGAAGCCUUGGAGGAUGAUCAAGUCCUUGCUCAAAAGCUUCAAGCUAAGCACGAAUCAACAGACAUCAUCGCAACCAACGAAAUGGAGUCCAUUCUGCAACAAGCUUUGAGUCGGGUUCUCAACCUAUCACCUGACAGUAUCGCAUUCAAUCGCUCAUUCAUGGCAUUGGGUGGCGACUCCAUCACGGCCAUGCAGCUUGCAUCUCGUCUUCAAGCAUCCAAUGUCGUUUUGAGCACCCGCCAUCUCCUGGAGAGCAAGACUAUCAAGGACGCUGCCGCUCUAGCACGAUUCAAGGCUGAGCGUCUCGAGAUUGCCGAAGAGGCUAUGGAUGUGCCUUUCGAGCUGUCUCCAAUUCAGAAGAUGUUCAUUGAUCUGAUUCGCCCCUCAUCAGAUACCUCACGGCGCUUCAACCAGAGUUUCCUUUUGCAGAUCACUCGUGCAGUCCGUCCAGAGAAGCUGACUGCCGCUAUUGAGUUCCUUGUCGCGCGGCACUCUAUGCUUAGAGCACGAUACCAACAAGAUGCCAACGGAUCCUGGACUCAACGUGUCCUGCCUCGAACUGGAGGAUCUUAUUGCUUGACGAUACAUCCGACCAUUGACAUUGAACAGGUCAUGGAACAAAGCCAAGCUCGCCUGGAUAUUGUCAAGGGCCCUGUCUUUGUAGCUGAUCUGCUCACACAGCCGGAUGGGUCUCAGAUCCUCUUCAUGGCUGCUCAUCACAUGGCUGUCGAUCUUGUGUCAUGGCGCAUCAUUCUCAACGAACUCGAGGAUCAUCUUGCGAAUACAGGAAAUGUGACCCUUCCUCGUCCACUGCCUUUCCAGACCUGGCUAUCUCUACAGCGUGAACAGGCUCAGACGAUUCAGCCAGAUUCAGCACUUCCAUUUGAUCUUCCGAUCCAAGAUGCCAGCUACUGGAAUGUUGAGAGCAACACAAACGCAUUCGCCAACAUUGACGAGCAUGAGUUCACAAUUGAUGCUCAGUCGACCACUCAUCUUCUGAAUGAUUGCAGCUCAGCUCUUGGCACUGACACUCUAGACGUUUUGAUGGGUGCUUUGAUCCAUUCUUUCUCCCAAACAUUCCACGAUCGCCCACUUCCGAGCAUCUUCACUGAAGGUCAUGGUCGCGAAUCUUGGGAUGAUUCAAUUGACGUAUCUUCCACAGUCGGAUGGUUUACAACAAUGUCUCCUGUUCAUGUAGUUGCAGACCCCGGUGACGAUAUUGUUCGCUUCGUCCGCAAGGUCAAGGAUCGCCGACGACAAAUUCCCAUGAACGGUUGGAAAUAUUUUACUAGCCGCUUCCUUAAUGCCGAGGGCCAGCAGCGUUUCGCACAGAAUGGCCCUGUCGAGGUUAUUCUCAACUUUGCUGGACAGUACCAGCAACUCGAACGCCAAGAUGCACUCUUCCAGCUCAUGCCCCGUGACGGACUUGGCACCGAGACCUGCGAUGUGAGUCCAGAAAUGGUACGGACAUCGGUGAUUGAGAUUUCGGCUGGAAUCAGCGAUGGCUCCCUGAAGGUUACAUUCAUGUGGCCUAAAUCCCUGGAGAGACAUGAGCAAGUCAAGCAAUGGUCCAGCAACACUCAGGCUUCAAUCACGUCGGCAAUUGCAAGCCUCAGAGGACUGACAAAGCAAGUCACGCCCAGUGAUUUCCCGCUCUUGAGCCUCACCGACGAGGAGUUUGACAGCCUUGUUCAUGAAUCUCUGCCUAAACAGAAAAUUAUCGACCUCGAUGACGUGGAGGACAUGUAUCCUGCUACAGCCCUCCAAGAAGCUCUGAUGAUGUCGAGAAGCAUUGACUCUGGUCUAUAUGCUGUUCGCGUGAUCUACAAGCUUUCCGAGGCAAACGGCCAACCCAUUGAUAUUGAUCGUUUCCAAGCAGCAUGGUCUGCCGUGAUUGAUCGACACCAAACGCUCCGUACUGUGUUUGUUGAUACCGUUUCUGAGAAGAGCGCCCUCACUCAAGUCGUUCUCAAGCAUCUUCCAGCAAACACCAUUCGAAUCGUAAGCGACACCGAUGCAGAGGCAAUCAAGACCCUUGAGCGCCCCAAUGCAAUGACUCCAGGCGUUGCCUUGGCUAUCGCCAGCCCAUGCCAGCUCACCAUCUGCCACGUCGCAUCGACUGGUAAUACUUACUGCAAGAUUGAUGUCAAUCAUGCAGUAACAGAUGGUGGCUCAAGCGGCAUUCUUCUUCGAGACCUUGGUUUGGCAUACGACAAUCUCCUUUCGCCUGGCCGUGGUCCACUAUUCGGCGACUUUGUGUCUUACCUUCUAAAGGGCGACAGAAAUGCCAGUCUCAAGUACUGGGGCAACUAUCUGCGUGGUCUGGAGCCGUGCAUGAUCAACAAUGGAUUUACGACAAAUGAGAAAAAGGUUCUCCGCGAUCUCGAAUUUGAGAUUCCGAACGCAGCAGGACUCCGCACUUUCUCGGCUGCCAACUCGGUCACUCUCGCCAACCUUUUCCAAGCUGCUUGGGCCAUGGUGCUCCGAAAUUUUGCAAACACCGAUCAAGUAUGCUUUGGCUACCUGAAUGCUGGUCGUGAUGCCCCUGUUGAGGGCAUUCGAGAGGCAAUCGGUCUCUUUAUCAACAUGCUCGUGAGCCGUGUUGACUUUACAGAUGCCCUCGAUGCCAAAGGCCUCUUGCAAACCGUGCAGAGCGACUACAUCAAUGCACUGGAUAACCAGAACUGUUCUCUUGCUGAUAUGCAGAAGCUAGCUGGAAAUUCCCUGUUCAACACAAUCAUGUCCUACCAAACAGUAUCAGAGUCCACGGACGAUGGCACUGGAACUCUCAAGUUUGAACAGGUCACCGCUCACGACCCUACCGAGUAUGCCUUGAGUGUCAGUGUUGCGGUAGCCAAGAGCUCCGUCUUUGUGACCGUCAGCUACUACACGGAUUCUAUCUCAGACUUCCAGGCUACCAGCGUUGCUACGAGCUUCGAGAAAGCAAUCCUUGGUCUUGUUGCGGCUGCACCUGAUACACCAGCCCAACACAUUUCAACGUUCGGUGACCAGGCCAUUGACAAGGUCAAGCAGUGGAAUGGCAGUUACCCCAAGAUUUUGGAGCGAUGUGUUCACCACUUGAUACAAGAUAUGGUUGACCAGAACCCCACGGCCAUGGCUGUCUGCUCUACCGAAGUCAGCUGGACCUACAGCGAACUGAAUGAACUGGCUAAUCGGCUGGCACAUCGCCUCGCUAUUCUCGGCAUCCGUCCUGGUACCAAGGUACCAUACUGCUACGAUGCUUCGCCUUGGACCAUUGUUGUCAUGCUCGCGAUUCUCAAAUCGGGAGGUGCAUGUGUGGCCCUCGAUCCAAAGCAUCCCACGGAUCGACUGCACGGAAUACUAGAGGAUACGGAUGCGGACAUUGUCAUUUCUGCCCCCCAACAUGCUUCGAAAUUCUUGCCUGUAGCCGCAGUGAUGGCGCUCGGCCCAGAUGAGAUCAAGCGACUAAAUGUAACCCUCCGACAAAGAACUACACCACUUCCAGAGACACGACCUACCGAUCUUGCCUUUGUCAACUUCACGUCUGGUAGUACCGGUAAGCCCAAGGGCAUACUACUCCAACAUCAGGCCAUCGCCACGAGUGGAUCAUACUAUGGUGCCGCCAUGGGCUAUGGGCCCGGAUCCCGUGUCUUGCAAUUCUCUUCCUACACAUUUGAUGUCAGUCUAAGUGACAUUUUCUUCUCACUCAUGCGCGGAGGUGCCGUUUGUGUGCCUACCGAAUACGAGAAGCUCAACGACCUCCCCGGUUUCAUCAAUCGCCUUGGCGCCAAUGUCGCCGAUUUGACACCUUCUGUACUUGAAGCAAUGCUGCGACCCGAGGCCGUCCCAUGCCUCAAAACCAUUUGCCUUGGUGGCGAGGCUGUCAAGCAGGAGAAUCUUUCCGUGUGGGCAGACAAGGUCGCGCUACACAAUUAUUAUGGGCCUUCCGAAGCCUCGGUCGCCUGCGUUGGCCGAUCCAACUUGUCUUUCACCGACCAAGCUGCCAACAUUGGUGUUGGCUGCGGCGCUCGCACCUGGGUCGUGGAAGCUGACAACUCAGACAAGCUGGCGCCCCUUGGAACUGUGGGUGAGCUUCUGCUAGAAGGUCCUCUCUUGGCAAUGGGCUACCUCAAACUCCCCGACAAAACCACCGAGGCUUUCCUGAGCGGCGUCACCUGGCCUGGAUUUACAGAACCAAAGCGUCUGUACAAGACUGGUGAUCUUGUUCGAUACACUCAAGAUGGAAGCUUGGAAUACCUUGGUCGAAAGGAUAAUCAGGUCAAGAUCCGCGGCCAGAGAGUCGAAAUUGGUGAGAUUGAGCACCAUGCCAUUCUCAACUCGCCACCAAACUACAACCAGGUUGCAGUCGAAGCUGUCACUGUCCCAGGCCGUGUCGGAAUGGUCUUGGUUGCUUUCAUCGCUGUCGGUUCUCAGAUCGGCGCUUGCACCGAGGCCGCGCUCCCUAUCAAGAUUCUCACUACCUUCCGCAAUUUGCAAGCUUCCUUGACAACAUCUCUUCCCAGCUACAUGGUGCCAUCCCUGUACAUCCCACUUCGCGAGCUUCCACUCAGCACCGCUGGCAAGCGUGACCGCAAGGCUCUACGCCAGAUACCCAUCGGCCUCUCUGAUACUCAAUUGCGGACAUUCUCUCUCACCGAUGACUCAAUUACCAAGAGGGAGCCUUCGACGGCUACAGAACAGCGCCUGCGAUCCGUCUGGGCCAAGGUACUUCGGGUCCAAGAAACAGACAUUGGCGUUGACGAAAGUUUCUUCCGCUUGGGUGGUGAUUCGAUCGCAGCCAUGCGACUCGCAGCCGCAGCUACCAAGAGCGGUGUUCAAAUUUCCGUCCUGGAUAUCUUGACUCACAAGACAAUUUCCAAGAUUGCGGCCCUUGCAGAUGGUCAGGUCGACGAGGCAUACGCAACGCAGAGCCUAACAAGCUCGUCUGGUGGUGGAAGUGAGUCGCAUGACAAGUUCUCCACUCACGGAGGCACUCCAACUCGUCUUGACAUUGACCCUACUGAGGUCGAGAUUGUCUAUCCCAUCACGGCAGCUCAAAAGGAGCUUAUUCAAGCUUCGAAGAAAAGCCCUUCAUCUGGUUACUACCACAUUUCGCAAGUCCUUGAAGUCUUGUCUCGGAACGGCAAUGAAAAGGUUGACGCUCAGCGCUUCCAUAGCGCCUGGCAACAGGUCGUGGACCGACACCCCAUCCUCAGAACUGUAUUCGACGAUACUUUGGGACAGAUUGUUCUCAAGACAUACAAGGCCGAAGUCACCUAUAUGAAUCUAGAACAUGCAGAGGACUUGGACAAGCAGAGUUUCACAUUGGCUCUCGACAAGACCACUCCCCUACACCGUGUCACGCUGGCCAAGACUCCAACCGGACAGUUGUUCUGCCGUCUCGACCUUCACCACUCCAUUACUGAUGGAUACUCUCUAAUGACCAUGUUUGAGGAACUUGCCAGCGCUUACCAAGGCGCACUACCACUUGGUAAAGGACCAUCAAUGCGCGACUAUAUCUCUCAAGUCGAUGGUCUCGAUCGAAACGCUGCCCUUUCUUACUGGAAGAGUAUCAUCCACGGACUAACCCAGAUCCACCAAUUCCCGCGCAAACAGAAUCUCCUGGGCAACACGGCUCAUACUAAUCUUCGUGAGCUUCACACGCAGGUGCAGAACAUUGCAUUGCCUAAUUUCUGCUUGGUCAAUGACUGCACCAUGCCUUCCCUCAUAUACGCGGCAUGGGGGCUCGUUCUUUCUUCACUAUGUGGCAAUCAGCAACAAGAUGUUGUCUUUGCCUACCUGACGAGCGCGAGAACUAUUAUUCCAUCCGAGGCGCUGGGCUUCCUCGUCAACACGGUUCUACAUCGCAUCCCUGCAGAUGGAGGAUUGCCUCUCUCGGCUCUUCUCCAGCAAUCACAUGAGUCAGUCUUGAGCGCGCUACCAUAUUCCUACAUAACCCCAUCAGAACUGGGUGUUCAAGUCAGCUCGCUUGUCAAUGUGCGCAAGUUUGACGACGAAGCUCUGGCUGCUCUCGACGCGAACGAGGAGGCCAGUUUGGCAACGAAUGGUAUCACAUUCAAAGCAGCACCAUCACCAGAUCCCAUGGCUUAUGAUGUCGUGGUUGCAGUGUCUGAGCUCGGCAACGGGACUCUAGACCUGACCCUUUCGUACUGGGAUUCAGUGGUGGCUGAGGCUGAUGCCCAGCAGGCUCUAGAUUGUCUGAAGAAUGUUCUUGGUUCCAUGGGUCAUGAUAACAAUGUGACUUGUGGAGAUUUCAUCAAGACGUUGGGUUAG